CCCUCCAAAAAAGUAACCGCGAAAACAAGUUCUGUUUUAAAAUAGUCAAAUAAGAGUUGGGCAAUAAAUCAAACAGUUAAGCUGCAUUGCAGAUCUACAGAGACGAAGCCUCAAGUAAGGAAAAUGGCAGGAAAAGGUGGGAAAGGGCUAGUGGCCGGGAAGACAACAGCUGCAGCGGCUCCCAACAAGGAGAAAGACAAGAAAAAGCCAAUCUCUCGUUCAUCUCGUGCGGGCCUGCAGUUUCCAGUGGGAAGAAUUCACCGUCAGCUCAAGACCAGAACCUCUGCUCAUGGCAGAGUUGGAGCAACAGCAGCCGUUUACUCUGCUGCAAUUCUGGAGUAUCUGACUGCAGAGGUUCUUGAAUUAGCUGGUAAUGCAAGCAAGGAUCUUAAACUGAAGAGAAUCACCCCCAGGCAUUUGCAACUGGCCAUUCGUGGAGAUGAGGAACUUGACACCCUUAUCAAAGGAACCAUUGCUGGUGGUGGUGUCAUCCCUCACAUUCACAAGUCCCUCAUAAACAAAAUCACCAAGGAGUGAAAUUCUCCUGUUUUAUCUUAAAUAUAUCUUGACUAAUUUGUGUUUUUUCCUCUUUACCUGGGUUGACUAAUGAUGGGGCACUGUUGGUUGUGUUUGAUUAGAAUAACUUAUCUGAUGUAAUGAACAUAUUAGUUUGAUGUUUUCAUUUUGUUGGUCUUAGUUGGUAUGUGGCUUGUUGAUGCAUGUUUGUCACUGUUUAUCAUGACACUAUCAGUCUUCAAUGCAUUGGCUACCAAAGUGUGUAUUAGGAUGGCAAA